ACGUCAUCCAGGUGGCGCUGUGUUUAGUAAGCGUUGGGCUGGGACCAUCUUGGAUUAUCAUGUAGGACGCAAUGAUUACAAAAUUUAACGAUAUCUCAUCUAAGGUAAAUACACAAUUAUAGACUGAAAUAAACAUGGAGAGAGAAGAGGAUCCUGGCGCUCCUCACACUACGAGAAGAAUUGCACAGGUGCGGUCUGCUCGGAGCGUCAUUUGCAGAGUCACACUACUGGACGGGAAACUGUUCGAAACAGAUGUUGAUAAAAGGGCUGUCGGGUGUAUACUGUUUGAUAAAUGCUGUGACAAUUUGGAUGUAUUAGAAAAAGAUUAUUUCGGACUGUCCUACAUAGAUUCUUCAACAGGUUUGAAGAAUUGGGUUAACACAUUGAAAAAGCUGUCCAAACAGAUCAAGAGUGGUCCUUGGGAGUUCAACUUUGAAGUAAAAUUUUAUCCUCCAGACCCCCAGCAACUUCAUGAGGACAUUACCAGAUAUCAAUUGUGUCUUCAAAUAAGGAGGGAUAUCGUCAGCGAAAAACUGCCAUGCUCAUUUGUGACGUACACCUUGCUGGGGUCGUACACCGUCCAAUCAGAGCUCGGCGACUACGAUGUGGAGGAGUUUGGUCGUGGUUUGGACUAUAUCAGAAAGAUCCAGUUUGCUCCUCACCAAGACAGGGAACUGCUAAAGAAGAUUUGCGAUCUACAUAAAACACACAAGGGACAGACACCAGAGGAGGCUGAACUUCGUUUCUUAGAAAAUGCUAAGAAACUUAGUAUGUUUGGUGUGGAGCUGCACGAUGCUAAGGAUGCAGAGGGGGUGAUUAUCCAGCUGGGAGUAAGUGCUACUGGUCUGUUGGUGUUCAAGGAUAAACUACAAAUCAACCGUUUCGUCUGGCCAAAGGUUCUCAAGAUGUCCUACAGAAGAAGCAAGUUCUACAUCAAACUGCGCCCAGGAGAGUUUGAAGAUUUCCAGAGUCAGGUUGGAUUCAAGCUGGAGUCAGUAAAGCAUGCCAAAAGACUGUGGAAAAUCUGUGUGGAACACCACUCCUUCUUCAGAUUUAGAGAGAUUGAACUUCCGAAGGCAAAAAGCACAUUCCCUCGCUUUGGGUCAAGAUUCCGCUAUUCUGGACGCACACAGUUCCAGACAAAGCAGGCUAUGGCCAGUGUUGACCGUCCCUCGCCCUACUUUGAUCGUGUCCACAGUCGAAGAGCUACCUACCAUGGGCGGGUCCCGAAUCGAAGAAAUCGUGAUGAGGUGUACCGUCCUGAGCCUCCUCGCGACCUCCCAGUCCCUCCAGAAAAACGUCCCAGAACUCCCAAUAACGAAGAUCGCUUCAUAGAGAACAAACCUCCAGUUGAGUCAGAUCCUGAACCAGAGGAUCAUUAUGAGGAGGACAGACAUAGUCAUGACGAUCAUGAGGAACCAGCCGAUAGAAAAAGUAGAAUGGAAAGGAUUCAUGCUGUCCAGACUCCCCUGGCUGCAGUCAUGAUGGCGGCUAAGAAACAACAAGAGCAAAACAAUGUAGACCGGUCACAUCAACAGAGAGAGAGCGACGAGGACUCGGAAAGUUUGCCGGAGAAACCUCCCCUUAAUGAAAGCAUGAAUAGAUCCAUGGAUGAAGAUCUAGAUGGAAUUCCCCCUCCGCCUCCUGAAGAACGCCUGGAAGCCCCUCCACUGGUCUAUAGCAAGGAGGACAAGAAACGACUUGCCAAGGAGGAAAAGGAAAGACUGAAGAAGAUAAAGGCUGAGGAAAAGAGGAGAAAGAAGGAAGAAAAAGCUGAUCAGAAGCGACUUGAUAGAGAGAGGAAAAGGUCACAGAAGGACAAGAAAGGAUCCCGGGGCAAGAAGGAGUGGGAUGAGGUCGUCGCCGUGGCAGCUGUGGAAGAAGCUGCUGUAGAGGUAUCAGAACCAAAGGAGCGGAACAAACGCAGCAGACUCAGCAGUUUUGAAGAUCAACCCAAGGGGAGUCCCAAAGACAGUCCUCGAGACCCUGAAGCUCCAGAGCUACCUAAGUCCCUCCCUCCUCCCCCUCCCCCACCCCCAGGAGGAGAUGACAGGAGGGAGGAAUAUGAUGAUGACGAUGAUGAUGAUGAUGACGACGAAGAUUCUCAUCGGGCUGAUGGUGAUGGUUCUGAAGCUGAAGAGGAGCAAGAUAGAGCAGGACAGGAAUUUGAUCUUUAGACAACUCAACGUUCGUUUAACCAUGGGAUGACCUACACAAGUGACCUCCAGAAUUAAUAAAGCUUGGAGCCUACCAGUUGUCUUCGGCAAAUACUAGGCCAGAUCAUUGUUGGACAUUUAUUGUUAGCUUAUCUCUGAAGGUCAUUGUUGUUUGUCAAGGUCAUCACGGUGCCACAGAUUACUGAAUGACCUGCACAAAUGGACACUUGUGAUGAUAAAGUAUAUUCUCCUGACCAGAACAUGCGCAGCUAUAUCCAGGCACCAGACUGUGACAAGGGAGAUAAGCAUGUGACUUAAUUGUCCGUGCUGGCAUUGCUGACCAUUAGGUGAUGGUUAGUUACCCUCUAUCCUUUGUGACAGACUGCAUUUAUGCAAUAUUAUCAAAUACAAUGAUUGAAUAAACAUAUAAAAUGUUAUUUUUGUACAAGAAAUGUAAUUUAUCAUUUUAAUUGCUGUCAGAAUAUAUAGCCAUGUUUGUUUGUGUUUUUAUCUUUACCGUAUUUCUCAAACUGUCUAAUUGUGUGUAUUUUAUGCUGGUCUAGAUCUAGAGGUGAAUCAAUUUUGAAUACAUAAGUAUCUAUAAAACCUAUUCAUAGAUGAUUGUCAGAAUUAGUUCUAUAGACUGUGCCAUCAAAUUAUGAUCUUUGCUAAAACAUUGAUUUCCUUUUUCUAAUUUUGUAAAAACAAAUUUUAUGUACAUUAAUUUUUAAUCCAUGUCAAUGUUACAUUUUACUUUGUAUAUAGCGUGUUUGUUUGGCCAUAUUAAAAUCAACCAUGUUAUUUGUGGACCUUUUAUGGCUGAAGAAGCUUAAAACUUAUAAUGUCAUCGAUGCAUGGACCAUUUUUAACACAAUUUCCUGUUUUUCAGUGAUUCUUCCAAUUUUAGUAAAUGAGAUUUUAUUUUAUGUAAUGUUUGUUAUCGUCGCUGCAUGUGUGUGUAGUUUUCGCUGUAAACAAAAAGUACUAGUAUCAUGUUUAGUUCUCAAAAAUAAUGUUGAAAGUGUAUUUUGAUUUUUGGUAACUAUGGUUACGAAUUAUGGUCGCAAAACUAGACUAAACAUUUGCCUGGUACUUUCACAAAUUGUGCCCAGUGUUGACAGCCUAAGGUGAAACUGUUGAGAUUUUCAGUAGUUCAGGCAUUAGAUGUAUCACCUGUUGUAGUCACUGAGUUUGUUGUGGAGGACUUUUAGGAUGGCAAUAGUCAGAUAGUGAGGAACUCAAGCACUGUUUUUUGUUUGGAAAAAAUAUAUUCUUUUACAAGAACCAUUUUUAUUUUCAGUCUAUUUUGUAAAAAAAUGUAUGUGUUUGACCUAAACAAGUUUUAUUCAUUACCAUUUAAAUGUUUUUGACUUUAAUCCUAAUGUUUUAAGAAAUCAUAGCACUGAAGUGAUCAAACUAUUCUAAUUGAUUGAUGACCUAUAUUUUGAACUGUUCAUGACAUACCUCUGGUGUUGGGUGACGAAGGAGGAGAAAAGAUUGGCACGUUCACGAUAACAUUAUAGAAAUACACAUCAAGUCCCGUCAUUUUCUUCUGCUUUGAAUCAAAUUCAAUUUGUAACAUAGGCAAUAUAUUUCAUACAUGUAAAGCACAUCAAUUAAUGAUUAACAGCAUAAUUAAUAUAGAAAUAUUUUUGUCCUUUUCCAUUGUAAGAAAACCUGUGGAAUGGUAGCCAUUGUUAGCUCAUAUCUACAAAUGUGUUUUAGAAAUAGAAUUAUUACUUUUAAUGGUUAAUUAAGACAAAGAGAUGAGAUGGUUUGUUGUCACUUUUGUUAUUUAAAUAUUUUAAGUCUGAUGUCCUAUACAUUGUUACUUUACAUAUCACUAUUCCAUAUUGUGACUGAUUACAUUCAGUCCCAGAACACUAUAUCCAUGUUGAACAGCCGAGUGUUGCUAUGUUACUGAACUAAGGUUAUAUCCACAAAAUUUAUUUUCUGGAUUCCAUCUGGCAGACCAAGAGUAACAAUACACUUGGCGACCCAGAGUAACAAUACAUCUGGCGACCCAGAGUAACAAUACACCUGGUGACACAAAGUAACAAUACACCUGGCGACCCAGAGUAACAAUACAUCUGGCAACCCAAAGUAACAAUACACCUGGUGACACAGAGUAACAAUACACCUGGCAACCCAGAGUAACAAUACACCUGGCGACCCAGAGUAACAAUACACCUGCAACCGAGAGUAGCAAUACACUUGGCUAGCUUUAUUAAUCAGGAAAUCGGUUAUUCCUUGCCCUUUCGUCUUUAGGGAGAAAUCACGAGGACUAAGGAGCUCGUGAGACUAAUGCAUAGUGUAACAUUAAACUAGACAAUUAGGAUAGGUGGUCACAGAAAGAGAUCUUAGUCAGGAAACGGAAGAAUGUAUACCAAGUUGUUUACUAUUACUGGUUUAACAUUAUCACUGGGAAAUAAUUAUCUGGAGUUACUGUAUGCCAGAAUAUAUAUAGGUAUUCACCUCUUAUUUAUCCCUAAAACUGCAGUACAAACAUGUAUUUGUUAUCCGGAGAUUCUCAUAUAAAAUUUUAUUCCAAAAUUCCUGGGAGACUGAAAUUGUCAGAUAAAUGAUAUUUUUAUUGCUAACAUCACCUAUAAUCAAUUUGUAUCACAGGUUCUGUCUUGUAGGGUUGUAGAAAUGUGUGUUAAGUUUAGCAGCAUCAUAAGACAUUUCCCCCGAUUUUUAUCAAAUACCCUGUUGAGUUUGUCAACAAAUAUAGACGAGACUUUCUUGUUGAUGCAUGCUUGUAAAAAAAAAAAAA